ACGAAUUCCACUCAUAAAAUGAUAGCCAAACAAAUCAACGUAUCAUUGGAUAUAUAUCCUAAGGCUAUGAUAGCCCUUUCUGCGCUGCUACAGAUCCAGCUGCACAAGAUAGACAUGGGGGCACUUAUCAAAACUCCGGAAGAACUCUUUUUAAGCGAGGCGGAGUGGGUCGGAAAGGACAUUAAGGAGAGGCGAGCCAAAGCAGGAAUAUUGCACCCCGACGCUCAGGAUGCUAUGGAAGUCGAGGAGCCAGAACGAACAUGGGUUGGUUUAGAUGCGAGCAUGGCGAAUGGGCAACCCGAUGGUGCCAGCGACGACUACGAACUUGAAGGCCCAGAAGAACUGAACGAGGUCUUGGACUAUGUUGCUGGUGUUAUCCUGGAGCUUAACCAGCGUCUCGUGAAGGCGGAUAUAAAAUCUAGAAAAGUCAAAAGUUCAGCGGCUGUAAAAAAGGAGUCGGUUGAUACCCUCAACUGUGACACGGAGUCAAAGCAAGACGCGACAGAAGAUCCAGUUCUCAGAAACCUGCGACUGAACCUCCUGGCUCUGGCCAAACGUGCCCCACUCGACACCAUCGCCUGUUUACCCAAGGAUCUGGUUCCCGAACACAUCCGUCAAUUUGUACCUACUCUUGCGACGUCGAGCUGAACGAAGGAUGAUGUUUGGGACUUGACUACCUUGUUUGAGUCUGACGCAUUCUGCGUCGCUUCGCAACUAACGCCCUCAUGCCGAGGCGAGGCGUGUUUGUAGUUCGCAACUCGACAGGUGAUCCUUACCUGCCAGCGAUGUCGCUAGGAACGUCUGCAACCCUGCCACUUCUGCGCCUAAACCUUUUGCGCAUCCAUAGCAUCUCGCGGUACAAGCUGUUGGCCUUUCAGGCAGCUGCGAAGCGCGCUCAUGUCAAGAUUAGCGUAGCGGGAUGCGUCAACGUAGCCUGA